ACAUAACCAGUCCAACGCCAUGUUCAACCUCUCCAACCUUGUCCAGAAAGCGCAGCAGUUCAUCGACCCAACCCUCUCAAUCACCGGUCCCAGCUCCGACCGCAGACCCUCCAAAGCGACCCUCUUCCGACACCAAUUCAGACUCCCCGAGACACAAUCCCCGCUCCAGGAGAUCACUGCCGAGCUCACACUCUCACCCCACCAUUCGACGAGGGGCAGUUCCGGCGAGAGUACAUCGCAUGCGCAGGAAAGAGAUCGGCCGCAGGGAAAUCACUAUGUUGGGAAGCUGCACUUGAGCGAGCAGUACCUCUGCUUCUCUACCCAAGGGUCGAGCUUCUUGAACACGGCGAGCUUGAGCGCGUCCAGUGCUUUCACGGGACAGACCCAUGGAGCGGGACCUGCGGGCAAUGGUUUUAUCCUGCCGCUAUGCGCUAUCCGGAGGGUUGAGAGACUGCACAGUCAAAGCUACAUGUUUGCGCUGGCAAUAACUACCUGGAAUGGGGUGUCUGACGGCAAGGCGAAGCCGGGCAGUGCUGCGAGCGGCCAGAAACUGACGAUACAGCUGGCCGGGAGCCGGAUACAAUGCGAACGAUUCUGCGAUGGUCUCAAAAGGGGUCUCAGGGAGGGCGUUAGGGAGGUUGAGAACCUCCGAGCGGUCGUUUCGGAAUGCUACUCUGAAUAUCUUCUCUCCGAGGAUGGCGACGAUAAGAAGAGUCACGGAAAUGAGGACAGGAAACCCAGAGAACACCCGGAUACUGGACUUGGAAUGGUAUUCAAAUACCCUGGCAAUGCUCGGAAAUUGCGAGACGCGACAAAGAUACGGUUAUGGCGCGAAUAUCUGCGAGAAAACGGGCGGAGCGCAACUCUAAUACGACAACCUACAUUCCAUAAGCUAAUUCGAGUUGGUCUUCCUAAUCGUCUUCGAGGAGAAAUAUGGGAAUUGACUUCCGGAUCAUUCUUUUUGCGUCUUCAAAAUCCCAAAUUAUAUAUCCAGACUCUCACCAAAUUCUCGGGCCAGGAAUCUCUAGCAAUAGAUGAGAUUGAGAAGGACCUUAAUCGAAGUCUACCAGAAUAUCCGGGCUUUCAGUCCGAAGAAGGCAUUGGCCGAUUACGCCGAGUUUUGACGGCAUACAGCUGGACUAACGAAGAGGUUGGAUAUUGCCAGGCUAUGAAUAUCGUUGUUGCGGCCUUGCUGAUAUACAUGUCAGAAUCUCAGGCUUUCUUCCUAUUAUCAAUACUAUGCGACCGUCUUCUCCCAGGAUACUACUCGCAAACUAUGUACGGAACUCUAUUGGACCAAAGGGUGUUUGAAUCACUUGUCGAAAAGACGAUGCCGAUUCUAUGGGACCAUCUCGCAAAAAACGAUGUACAACUAUCCGUCGUAUCUCUUCCCUGGUUUCUCUCGCUUUACAUCAACUCUAUGCCUCUCAUAUUCGCGUUCCGCGUUUUGGACGUUUUCUUCCUGGAAGGUCCUAAGGUUCUAUUUCAGAUCGGUCUCGCCAUAUUAAGGAUCAACGGAGAGGAGUUAUUGGACGCUACCGAUGAUGGCACUUUCAUCUCGGUCCUAAAGUCUUACUUUGCCAGACUGGAUGAAUCCGCCCAUCCUAGAUCCGAGAACCCGAAGCUGCGGGCAGUUACAAGGUUCCAAGAGCUCAUGGUUGUUGCGUUCAAGGAAUUUGCUGGUAUCACGCAGAACACCAUCUCAGAGCAACGUUCUAAACACAAGGGUGCGGUACUAGAGAAUAUCGAAAGCUUCGCAAAACGCACGUCUAUCCGGAAUUUGGGCCCGGAGAGCAAGCGAUUGAGUGUGAUUGAUCUCGGUUUUCUCUAUGAUCGAUUCUACGAGGUGCUAUAUGAGCGUCAGCAACGGGAUGAGAUCAUGCAGCAUGAGGCGGAACGGAAGGCAAAGGCUGGACGGAUGAAGGCUACUGAGGUUGUGAGCGGCUUCUCUGGGAAUAAUCCCGAGGUGGGAAGAGUUGCUCUUGGGCCUAGUCCUACACAGAUGGACUACGAUGGGUUCCGGGAAUUCCUGGCAGGUAUUGCGAAAUGGGCUGUUACCGACUCGCCUAGUUCCCCGCCCGAGCUCAAUGGUGACAAACAAAACCAUUCAUACUUCGGCGGCAGCACAAGAAGUCGAAGUACCACCAUAUCUCCAUGGGGCUCGGGUCCCGAACCAGCCGAUCACGAAUUCAUGAAGCGACUCUUUCGCCGAUGGGACACCGACAUGAACAACACUCUCAGUCUCCAAAACGUCGUCACCGGAUUCGCCCAAGUCAAGGGCACCAAAGAUAUUAUGUCUAACAUAAGCUACUUCUUCGAGCUCUACGACGACGACGGCGACGGCAGAGUCGAUCGCGACGGCAUCCUCCGUAUAUCAGAGGCACUUCUCUUCCUAUCCCGCCGCGGCUUCGAAGGCAACCUCUCCCCAUCCCCCUCACUCCACGACCUCGCCACCUCUCCCGAGCGCCGCGAAAACCGCGACGAGCAAUUCCUCAGCUCCAUCUCCGCCUUCAUCCGCCGCUGCUUUGAAUACGCCGACCCGGACCACGCCGCCAACCAAGUGCGCCAAGCCGCCGCGGACCUCGCCAGCUUCAGCAUCGGCUCCGACAACGACUCGGAAGACCUCGUCGACCUCUCGGAUCCCGCAUCCCCGAAACCCAACCCCAGCUCUCCUAGACUACUACACACCAAAAUCCCGCUCUCACCCACCCCGUCGACGUCAAAUCCGCUGUCGCCCGUCAAGGCGAAAGCUACAGCUGCCAACCUGGCCCUCGACCCCAACAACCCCCUCCACAUCACCCUCCCCACCUUCCGCAUGGUCAUCCUCGCCGACGAGGUCCUCGAGACCUUCUUCGAGUCCGGCUUCUCCGCCUCGUUCCGCCUGCUCGACGCGCCCCAGCCCUCCCACGCCUCCUCCUCGUCGAACCUGACUACCUUCUCCAACGCCGCGGCCCGUAACGCGCUGGCGCCGGGCGCGGGCGCUUCGGUUGGCGGCGCCGGCGUGGGCGUCGUGCCGCCGGGUAAGGGGCUGAGGGGGAUGUUGGAUAAUAUCGUGAGCGAUGGGAUGAGGGUUGCGGCGGAGGUAAGGCGGCGGAUGGACGAGGCGCAGCGCGAGGAAGGGGAGGGCGAGGGGGAGAAGGGGCAUGUGGAGGAGGAGGGCGAGGAGGAGGGCAGGGAUGGCGAGUUGCUCGAGGGGGCCGAGACAGCGGAUGUGGUGGUCGGCAAGGGGGCUGGGGUGGUGGGGGAUUUGUUGGGGCCCCCGGGGGAAGGGAAAAAGGAGGGGGAGGAGGGGGUAAAGGGGAGGCAGAGGAGUGUUAGUGAGGCGAGUAAGAUUUUGGAGUUUGAGCGGUAG